CAGAGACCAGGACUCAGUUCCCCUGCCCUAGUCGGAGCCUGGUGGGUGGGACUCAGCGCAGAGUCAGUUUUCCAGAAGCAGGUUUCAGUGCAGAGUUUUCCUACACUUUUCCUGCGCUAGAGCAGUGAGCAGUCUGCUGGCGGAGGACACCUGUGGGGGAGGGAGCGCCUGGAGGAGCCUAGGGACCCCAGCCCUGCGUGAUCUCACCAUGUGCGGAUUUGCGAGGGGCACCCUGGAGGUGCUAGAGAUCCGGAAGCACAGCCCCGAGGUGUGCGAAGCCACCGAGACUGCAGCUCUUGGAGAAACCGUGAGCAGGGGACCACCGCGGUCUCCGCGCCUAUCUGCACCCUGUCACCCCAGCUGCCUGACAGUGACAAUGGUGUAGGGGCUGCGUUGCAAUGUGGUCAUGUGAUUUCAGGCUAUGGAUUUCGUGCGUCUUUCUUUGCUCACUGAUUUUCACAUGGUUAUUCUUUCAUUUUGCACUCCAUAAACAGUUUACAUCUUCUGAAGUAAGCCAGAAGAUUGUACAGCUCACUUAACGAUGACUGGUUGAAGGCAUCUUGAUUUCCAACCUAUGGAAGCAGUGCUGAGUUCUAAAUAGGAUAGAUUUUUUUUUUUAUGUCAUUUGAACUUCAUUUAUAACGUAGCAGUAGUGAUGUUUUAGGAUCAGUCCUCCUAUGGUGAUUUCACUAAAUGCCUAUUUAAUGAAUUAUUGAUUUGAUUUCAUUACAUCUCUGCCACUUACUAGGACUGUCUUUGUAGGAACAUCAAACUUUCCUGUUACAUAUAGACAUCCCAGUUACCAGUGUCCUUGAAUUGAUAGUGGCUUCUGUUUGUCAGUCUCAUAUAAGAACUACAGCUCAUCAGGAGGAGAUCACAGCAGGGUAAGAGACACCAACACCAUGUUCUGCACGAAGCUCAAGGAUCUCAAGAUCACAGGAGAGUGUCCUUUCUCCCUACUGGCACCAGGUCAAGUUCCUAAUGAGUCUGCAGAGGAGGCAGCAGGAAGCUCAGAGAGCUGCAAAGCAACUGUGCCCAUCUGUCAAGACAUUCCUGAGAAGAACAUACAAGAAAGUCUUCCUCAAAGAAAAACGAGUCGGAGCCGAGUCUAUCUUCACACUUUGGCAGAGAGUAUUUGCAAACUGAUUUUCCCAGAGUUUGAACGGCUGAACCUUGCACUUCAGAGAACAUUGGCAAAGCACAAAAUAAAAGAAAGCAGGAAAUCUUUGGAAAGAGAAGACUUUGAAAAAAUAAUUGCAGAGCAAGCAGUUGCAGCAGGAGUUCCAGUGGAGGUUAUCAAAGAAUCUCUUGGUGAAGAGCUUUUUAAAAUAUGUUACGAGGAAGAUGAAAACAUCCUUGGGGUGGUUGGAGGCACUCUCAAAGAUUUUUUAAACAGCUUCAGUACCCUUCUGAAACAGAGCAGCCAUUGCCAAGAAGCAGGAAAAAGGGGCAGACUUGAGGACGCCUCCAUUCUAUGCCUGGAUAAGGAGGAUGAUUUUCUACAUGUUUACUACUUCUUCCCUAAGAGAACCACCUCCCUGAUUCUUCCUGGCAUCAUAAAGGCAGCUGCUCACGUAUUAUAUGAAACCGAAGUGGAAGUGUCGUUAAUGCCUCCCUGCUUCCAUAAUGAUUGCAGCGAGUUUGUGAAUCAGCCCUAUUUGUUGUACUCCGUUCACGUGAAAAGCACCAGGCCAUCCCUGUCCCCCAGCAAACCCCAGUCCUCGCUGGUGAUUCCCACAUCGCUCUUCUGCAAGACAUUUCCAUUCCAUUUCAUGUUUGACAAAGAUAUGACAAUUCUGCAAUUUGGCAAUGGCAUCAGAAGGCUGAUGAACAGGAGAGACUUUCAAGGAAAGCCUAAUUUUGAAGAAUACUUUGAAAUUCUGACUCCAAAAAUCAACCAGACGUUCAGCGGGAUCAUGACUAUGUUGAAUAUGCAGUUUGUUGUACGGGUGAGGAGAUGGGACAACUCCGUGAAGAAAUCUUCAAGGGUUAUGGACCUCAAAGGCCAAAUGAUCUACAUUGUUGAAUCCAGUGCAAUCUUGUUUUUGGGGUCACCCUGUGUGGACAGAUUAGAAGAUUUUACAGGACGAGGACUCUACCUUUCAGACAUCCCAAUUCACAAUGCACUGAGGGAUGUGGUCUUGAUAGGGGAGCAAGCCCGAGCUCAAGAUGGCCUGAAGAAGAGGCUAGGGAAGCUGAAGGCCACUCUUGAGCAAGCCCACCAAGCCCUGGAGGAGGAGAAGAAAAAGACAGUAGACCUUCUGUGCUCCAUAUUUCCCUGUGAGGUUGCUCAGCAGCUGUGGCAAGGGCAAGUUGUGCAAGCCAAGAAGUUCAGUAAUGUCACCAUGCUCUUUUCAGACAUCGUUGGGUUCACUGCCAUCUGCUCCCAGUGCUCACCGCUGCAGGUCAUCACCAUGCUCAACGCACUCUACACUCGCUUUGACCAGCAGUGUGGAGAGCUGGAUGUCUACAAGGUGGAGACCAUUGGCGAUGCCUAUUGUGUAGCUGGGGGAUUACACAAAGAGAGUGAUACUCAUGCUGUUCAGAUAGCGCUGAUGGCCCUGAAGAUGAUGGAGCUCUCUGAUGAAGUUAUGUCUCCCCAUGGAGAACCUAUCAAGAUGCGAAUUGGACUGCAUUCUGGAUCAGUUUUUGCUGGCGUUGUUGGAGUCAAAAUGCCCCGUUACUGUCUUUUUGGAAACAAUGUCACUCUGGCUAACAAAUUUGAGUCCUGCAGUGUACCACGAAAAAUCAAUGUCAGCCCAACAACUUACAGAUUACUCAAAGACUGUCCUGGUUUCGUGUUUACCCCUCGAUCAAGGGAAGAACUUCCACCUAACUUCCCUAGUGAAAUCCCUGGAAUCUGCCAUUUUCUGGAUGCUUACCAACAAGGAACAAACUCAAAACCAUGCUUCCAAAAGAAAGAUGUGGAAGAUAGCAAUGCCAAUUUUUUAGGCAAAGCAUCAGGAAUAGAUUAGCAACCUAUAUACCUAUUUAUAAGUCUUUGGGGUUUGACUUAUUGAAGAUGUGUAGAGCCUCUGAAAGCACUUUAGGUUUGUAGAUGGCUAAUGAGCAGUAUUAAAAUUUCAGGAGCCAAGUCACAGUCUACUCUUUCUCCCAUUUAACAUGACAAAAUGUACUCACUUCAGUACUUCAGUUCUUCUGGAGAAAACACACACACACACACACACACACACACACACACACACACACACACAGUUAAAAAGUUACUUUUGGGGGAGUAUUUCUGUUAUAUAACCAUCACUUACUACCUGUACUCAAAAUUCAGCACCUUGUACAUAUAUCAGAUAAUUGUAGUCAACUGUACAAACUGGCAGAAUCACCUGCAAUCUCAUAUCCUGGUGGAAUACCAUGGUUAUGAAAGUGUGUUUGUGAUAGUGUUGUCUUAAAAAAGGUUUCUAAAUAGAAAUUACAUUCUUUGACACCCUCAGUUCUUUGAAACUUUCAACUCUGCAUUGUAUUGCAUUUUCUCAUUUAACUGGUAGUAUAUGUUUGAAUAUAGGCUGACAUUUUUUUCUCUAUUGCACUUUCCCCUUUUUUUCUUUUUAGAAAAUAAGCAAUUAGGGAUUAGAUGCAAUACAAUUAUAAAAUAGUUCUGUAAAUAUCAAAUAUUAUUUUUAGUUCUUGAAGUUAAAAAUACUCUCCAUAGUAAUGUGUGUUAUAACAAUAAAUAUUUCUUUUGUUUGACAUGUUUAAAAAUUCUACAAUGGCAAAAGCUAUUUUAAUCCAUAUUAGCAAUUUAAUUCCUAUUAAUUCAUUUUACUAUCAUAAUAGCAAAGUAUUCCAAAUAAAAUAGGUUUCUAUCUUCUAUUAAAAUGCAGUAAUACUAUUCAAAUCUAAUUGAGCUGGAAGCAACAUGGGAGUAAAGUAAUCAUACAGAGGACUCACCAUAAAGGACAUUGGUAAAACAUUUACAUAUGUACACACACAUGCAGGCACACUUGGGACAAUAUGAACCUACUUCAGCAGACAUCUUCUAUUGCCAUGCUGAGACAUUUAAAGUUUUAAGAAGAAAAUCUAAGUACAGAAGUAGAAAAUAAGACUUGUUCUUUCGGUGGAUAUCUCAUUUUUCUUGAGUAUUUGUGCUGAACAUUUUGGUGCACGUCUAUGAACUAAGAAUCAAGUUUUUGUCUCACUAAAUAUACAUAUAUGAAGUGUUUUUAUUCUACUUGAAAUAUCCUGAUUUAAAAAAAAAAAAGAUUGUUAGUAUUGAUGAAGCAAAUGAGGCAGUGACUACAUUAUGGAAAUGUCUAAGUAUUUUUUCCGGAGCUUCAACUUUUUUCUUUUUUUUUUUUUACAUAAACCUUGAAGCAGUUAGGAACUUUUAUUUUUAAUUAGGUCAGUUGAAGUUCUCUGGUGAACUAAAAAAAUCUACAUUUUGGCUGGGGAUAAGGAUUUGAUUUUAAAAAGAGCUCGAAUUUAAAGCAAGAAAAAAUGAACAUUGUAGUUUUAAAAUCAAUAUUAGCAGAGCCGUAGAUAGGCAGAACUCUUAUUUGGGGUUCUGAGAAAUAACUCAGUUUAAAAGUUCUUUAACUGCCUCCAUUAGUACCAGGCUAGCCCAUGGUGACAUCAGGAAUAUUCAUUACUGAUUGGCCUCUAGUAUUCCAAGGGUACUACUAUAGAUAUUACAAUGAUGCUGUUUACUAAGUGAUAACCCAAUGUCUUACAGGACUGACUUUGACUCAAUAAACACUCACCCUAUUAUUGGAAGGUACCAUAGGCCUUGAAGAAGUAUAGUUACAUCCUCACAAAUACAUGAAGCUAAGUCACUACUUACAAGGAAAACAAAAAUGUAAAUACAUGUUUCUUUCUGGAACAGAACUCUUACUAUGGGGAAAUAAUAGAAAUAAAGAAAAUAUAAAAGCAUGAAAUGGAAUGUAGUCUUGAUCAAACAUUUCAGCAGACCUCAGUUUGCACUCAAAAAGUUUAUAAUUCAAUCAGAAUUUAAAAAGUAUUUUGUGUGUUUGUGAUGUAUUAGCGUAUACACAAAACAAAUGAGGGGAAUGUAUAUACUCUUGGUGAAAAGUUGUAUGGGAGUUUCUUGUACUAUUCCUGCAACUUUUCUAUGAAUUUAGCAUUUUAUCUACAUAAAAAAUUCCCAAAAAAUAUAUUUUCACAGAGAAGUUAAAUCAUCUGUGAUAGGUUCACCACACCAGCCUACAAAGACCCAUUAAACACAGAAUAAUUUGUGGAUCUUAAAGAGGAUGAACAUACAUUUCCAUGACAGAGUCCAUACGAAAUUCACAAUUCAGAUGCUAAAAAAUUUAAGGAAUUUCUUUUUUUCCUCUGUCUUAUCUGCUUUGAAGCAUAGAGAUUAGGGAGAAACUUUUCAGAUCCAGACCACUGAUGGUAGCCAGAGUAGAGACCCUGGAGAAUAGAUUCUUAAAAUAAAUAAGGGGCCCAAGUCAGAGCUUUGAUGUAUUGGGGAUAGAAAAGUAGUGGACAAACAGCCUGUAAUCAGGUUGGGGACUACUGAUACUGAAUUAUGUUGCCAUUUAAUUAUCCUAAAAAAUAAGACUGGGUCUCAAGACUGCUUCCGUAACAGUUUCUCCUGAAAAUCCAGGGGCUGAAAAUCCUUCUGUUCUGGUUAUAUAGUUUCCAUUCAUGGCUUCUUGUCCUGUUAUUUUUUGUGUUAAGUACACUAUAUAAAUUAGCUCCUUACACAUUUUUCUCAGGCAAGCAUGGAGGUAUACUCAAGUUUCCUAAAGAUGCUUUGCAUCAAGAAGCAAAGGGAAAUACAGAAUUAAAAUGUUUCUUCCCAUUUUGCUUUGUCUUUCUAUAUCUAUCUAGACUUUGUAAGAAAAUGCAAAGUGUAUUUUUAAGAAAACACAAAUAAGAAUAGAUUCAUUUACUCAUUUUUGUUUAUUCAUUCAUCAAGAAUUUAUUGAAUGCCUACUAUGUGCCAGGAAUAUUACUAUAUUUUUGAAAUUUAAAGAUAAAGUAUGGCCCAAUCUAUCAAGAACGGAAAGUGAGAGAAAAAGGUAAGACAUAAUUACAACAUUCUGUGGGAGCACAAAGUAGGGGACUCAGUUCUUAGAAAAGUCCUUUGGUCUUAGAGUUCAUCAAGCAGAGAACGGGAAGGACAUCAUCCAGGAAAAUAAAUUAGCAGACACAAAGAGAUGGAGUAUUGGGGGUGCAUAGUACAUUCUGGAGAGCCAGUUGCCUGGGAUGAGUUGGGAGGGAGGAGAAUAAGGACAAAAGACCAUCUGGGCAAAAAUCACCAAGGGGUAUGUGUGUCAUGUAAAGGUGUGCCAUGAUAGUUAUUAAUAUUGCUAUUAUAAUAUUAAUAUAUAGUAAUUAAUAACUACAUAUGACACAGCUUUACAUGACCUUAGUUAUCAACAUUAUCAUAAUAGUAAUAUGAAUGUCUAUAAUAACAGUUAUUAUUAUUCACUUGAGGCACUUGUUCAAAAUAGAUCUUACAAAAGAAAAAAUAAAAGAAACAGCAACACGAGUAAAAUUAGAUCCAUUGGCUUCUGUCUCCCUCUCCAACAGUUUUAAAGCUACUAGAUAAGAGAGACAUCAAGUCUUAAAGGAAGAGAAUGGUAUGAUCAGAUGUGUGUUUUCCAAAGACUAUCAGAAACAGCAUAGAUAAGGAUAGAUAGGGUGGAUAUUUACUUGCACAGGUGACUGAAUGAACAUCUGUUUUUACCUCAAGGGAAAAUGAUUCAUUUUAUAUCCUGGAUAUUUUACCAUAAGUAUAAGCAUAAAGCUGGGAUGUCUGGCAUUGGAAUUUUAUAUCACUCUCAAGGCUGUUAGUCUUUCAGAUCCUUUGGUAGGGAGGAAAGAAGAGUUGCUUCAGCAUUUUAACCUUUCUUCCAAAUUUCUUCCCUGAUAUUUCCAGCCACACCAAGGCAAAGACUUCCCAGCCCUGUCCCAGGUUAGGUUAAAAGAAGGCAUAGGAUGGAAAAGGGUGGUCUGUGGUAGACCCAGCAAAUCAUAGAGAUGAAUAAACAAGAGUGUCUGGUCUAAGUAGUGCCUGAGGAAUAGACAUCAGUCCUCUGAGAUUACCAGCUGGAAAACUGCCCAGAUGGAGCUUUAAUGCAAAACUCCAGUGAAGUCUAGUGCUAUAUAAUGCUUUAAAUCCACCAUCAAGCCCUUGCUGAUGCAAAUGUUAGUAGCCCAAAACAGAAUGAGUUAAUGAAUUACUGCAGUGGUUUUAGGUGCAUGGGUUACACCCACAUAAAUCAUUUUAAUAAGUAAAAUUGAAUCCUUGAUACAUAUUUGUUGAGGAGCUUGUUAGCUCACUACUUUUCACUGAACACUAAAACAUGGAUCAUUUAUUUCACCUCAUUUUGCACUUCGAUGCAAUUUCACUCUUUAGGUGGUUGUACUUGAACAGUUAAAUUAAGGCUGACUUUAAGGGUGAAGGGAUGGAGAACACAGCAUAUGUGAGAAGCGGGAGGGCAAGAUGCCUUGCAAUUCCUGUGAGGAGGGACUUAACCAUCUCCUCCAAAACAGAAAUUCAGUGCUACUGAGACGGUAGCAAAGUGCAGCUCUCUUGUUAAAACACUGGCUAAAAGCAGGGACUGCUUAACUUACUAAGCAGAGAAAACCAAAAUGUCAUUUUCAACCAAAAUUUAGUGUUAGAGUUUAUGGUCUUUGUUAUGAUACUUUUCAAGACCUGGGAAAUAUUUGUAUCCGUUAGUGAAAAGGGGAGGAAUCAAUUACUGAAAACCAUAAGCUUACAGCAAUGGAGACAAUUAGUCCUUUGUCAUCUUUGUUGAGUUGUUUUCUUCUGUUCUUAGCACGUCAGCUACUAGAUCUUGGGUGAACUGUUGCUCCUCUUUAAAUGAUUCUUUUAUUAUAUUGUUGAUGUGCACUCAUUCAGCAUUCUCAUUUUAAGUUGCAGUAAUCACUGUACAUUUUAUUGCCAUCUAUAUUUCCCUCAAAACAGCUUUGCUGGUAACAGCCACACCUGCAUCUGUUUUGACUAGCCCGCAGAGCCCACACAUUUUUCAACCAAAACUAUCCCAUUACCUUCUUAUCUAUAUCCAUUUGUUUUCAUAUAUAGUGCCUGCCAAGAUAGUAGCAAGAGCUUUAUCAAUGUAUAGAUUUCAAUCAGAAAAACCUAAGCAAAAGGGAAAAAAAAAAGUGAUAUUCUAAAAGCCACACUUCUUUUAUCACCAGUGCAGUUUUUUCCAUCAUCAUAAACUUAGUUUUAUGAAAAUGUUAAUAUCUUGGAUUUAAACAUUGGAGUAGACAUCAGGACAAAAUUUAAAUGGCAUAUCCAGGACUUAAUCUCAGAUGUUCUGGUAGAAGAUAUUUAGAUAAGGUUGUGGCUGCCUGUCAAGUUUUUUAAAUUUUUUAAUUACAUAUUAUCAGAAAAUCAAAUCGCAGAUGAGUCUUCCAGAUUGUGAGGAAAAUUACUUGGCCAAAAAUGACUUUGCAUAAUGCCCAAAUCUUAAAGUAUCUGCUCAGAUGUUUGUUCCAUCUGAAAUCCUGCCAAAUCCAUCUGUACUGAGGAAAGAACUAUGAGUUAGUUUCAGAGAAAGUGAAAACAAAACAAAGCAAAACAAAAAGGCUGUUACAGAAGUUGGACAGUCCAAUGUGUUAAGUAUGAUACACCUGGAACAAUAGCAGCAAAACUGAAGCUCUUUGGAAAUUAUGGCAACAGUGAUCUAGGUAUUUUGGGCCUUUAGAAAUAGUGAUUCCCAGUGAUACAGGGAUGUGCAGCAUUGAGACACUGCUUAAUCACAAUGAGCUGCCAUCUUCCCUGAAUAAAUUGUAUCUUAUAACAUUGAAGUGAAUGAAAAUGUAUUAGUAUUUGAGAAUUUACUAUUCCUUCACCUCCUUGCACAUGUAAAUUAAAGAUGUUUUGGAAAAUAUGAGAACUUGAUAUUCACUUCCCUAGAACACUAUUCUCCAACCUUUUAGAUUCCUGUGAUCUAUUGAUAAAAUAUUGUAGCACAACAAUUCUGUAGACUGAUACAUGCUACUCUCAAUCCAUAUAGUACAUAUUAGUACAGCUUUUCUUUUCUAAAUGAGCAUAAAUAUAAAUAGAAAUUCUCAUAUUUUCUUCACCUAACUCAGUGAAUCAUCUUUAUAUUUUACUUGGGAAACUGCUACAGUUGGUCAGUGGGUCUUUACUUUUGUCACUUUGAGAACUGGAUAAAAGACAUAGACUAUCACCCCUCCAAAAAUGUGCAUAUGGCCCCAUACAAGACACAUAUACUGCCAGAGCUUGGAGAACUCCCUAGAAUCUACUCUUAGACCACCCUAGUGAAGUACCAUAGACCAUAUUGUCUAGAUGGGACAAAAUAAUGAAUUUGGACUAAGAACUUACUGUUUAGAGAGAGAAAAUAGUAAAUAAUGUUCAAAAUGAGAAGACAAUAAAUAACUGACAAGUCUGUGACUUUUGGUUUAGAUGAGACCACUUUUGAUUUUUGAGGAAUAAAAGAAGUUAGUUUUUUGGUCCUGAUACAUAAAAUAAUUCAUGGGGUUUCACAUACAGACAAGUAGUUUUCUUUUCAGCAAAUAUUUAACAUAUCUCUCAACAUACUUUCACCAGUUUUUGGUAAAUACACAUUGCUGUAGGUAUACCAAGUUUUUGUUAUGUUAAGUAACUAAUUUCAUGUUUUCUGUAUAUAUAAGUAUAGCUAUUGGACCCUGCAUUGAAAACCUUCUUAGUACUAACAACAUUCCUUUUAUUAUUACCUUCAUAGUUGCUUUAUAUGACAUAUUUAUUUUGAGUUCUACUUCUGGCAGAGUUGCAAAGUCUAUGAGAAUGUUACUUCCUGUCUCAGAAGCUUGUUAGAUAUUGCUGCCACCUAAAUAUUGUAACAAAAGUGUUUAAAUAAAAAUCUUCUUAAAAUUUAAAA